AUGAAAUCUGCCAUCGAAAAGGCUAAAUCGAGCAGCCGUGACAUUGACAUGUGUCAGCCCGGGUUUGAAGGACCAACAUGCCAGGGGGAGAUUGAUUAUUGUGCAUCCAGGCCAUGUCAAAAUGAUGGUAUCUGUCUGAAAAAGGUAUCAGGCUUUUAUAGGUGUCGAUGUUUACCUGGAUUCACAGGAAGAAACUGCGAGACUGAUAUUAACGAAUGUGCCUCUGUUCCUUGCCGUAAUGGUGGUUCAUGUAUACAAGGUGCACCAAACCAUUACACUUGUAUCUGUCCUGCAGGGUUGACAGGCAAAUCUUGUGAAAUUGACAUUGAUGAAUGUGCUUCUCACCCAUGCCGCAAUGCAUCAGACAUCUCAGAGUGUGACUCAUCUCCUUGCCUAAAUAAUGGGACAUGCUUUGAAAUUGAACCCGGUUCAUUUCAAUGCCAUUGUGCAGAAGGAUUCACUGGGAAUUUCUGUUUUGAGGAAAUUAAUGAAUGCCAAUCUCAGCCAUGUCAAAAUGGAGGCUACUGUUUGGAGGGGAAACCAGGCACCUUUACCUGUAAAUGCCAGAAUGGAUUUUAUGGGGACAGAUGUCAGCAAGAGGAAGUUUGCCACAACAAGUGCUGGAACGGGGGUCGAUGUGAGGAACUGGAUGCUUUUCGGUACAGAUGCCAUUGUCAAUCAGGUUUCACAGGUCAUAACUGUGAACAAAACAUAAACGAAUGUUUAAGUAACCCAUGUAAACAUCGAGGCAUUUGCAUUGAUCAGAUUAAUGGCUACAUUUGUAAAUGCAUGAAAGGUACUGGAGGUCGUUUCUGUGAAAUCAACUUUGACAAUUGCAAUCCAAACAGAUGUUAUGCUGGCGCUCGCUGUACAGAUUGGAUUGAUGAUUUUUAUUGCCACUGCCCAGAUUAUUUAACUGGAAAAAUCUGCAAUGAAACCAAACCUGGCAGGAAAUUCCUGAACUGUGAUGAAAACUUUUGCUUUAAUGAUGGAAUUUGUCUUAUUGAUGAAAACCAAAGACAAUUCUGUGCCUGCCCAAAAGGAUUUGAAGGAACAAACUGCCAAACAGACAUUAUGGAAUGUACUCCAAAUCGUUGUUAUGGAAAUGCUAAAUGUACUGACUGGAUAGAUGAUUUUUAUUGUCACUGUCCAUUGUGGUCAGUGGGAAAAUUGUGUGACAACGUCACAGUGACCACCCCUGGAGGACAAAGUGGACGUUAUGUCCGAGGUACAGCAUCAACCAGUAUUGAUGGAACAACUUUGGCCAUUUUGCUGUCUCUCCUUUAUGGUAUUAUCUUAUUAAUAAUUCUUAUUGCUUUCAUAUGGACAAGGAAAAAGAGAAAGGGUCCAAGAGAUUUUUGCUUUGAGAUUCCAUUCAACCGAUAUUAUCAUAUACCCGACCUGAUGUAA